AUGUUGGAGUUAAAUGAUUUUUUUCCGUUUGGUAGUGGUGCAAAUGAUACGACAGUUAUUGAUGCCCAGAAUGGAAUACAGUUGACAAAGAAUUUAUAUGAUGACAAUUAUGAUAACAUCAAAGUCGAUCAUAUCCCCUUUUUUAACCGGAGAAACAACAAAGCUGUACAGUUAUCAAUCAAAGGCUACAUCGUUUUUGGAAAUGUGAGAUACGUUAGUUUCCUUUCACGUCAGUUUCCAGUAAGGAUUCGAUCUAACGGUCAGCCGUACCAACCACCAAUCAUAGCAGCAUUGUGGAAUGAUCUUUCAUUUCAAUACAAUGGUUCAAGAUUUAGCUAUCAAAUUCAUACAGCUGGGAGGGUAAUCGAAAAAGCCACUGAAGAUUUAAAAAACGGUCUUGAUGUAACUUUCGUUCCCAAUUUUGUGUUGGUUGUCACGUGGUUUAAGGCAUCUAAAUAUAAUGAGCCGCAGAAACGAUUUACAUUUCAAAUGGCUCUCGCUUGUGAUUAUACAUCAACGUAUGUUUUCUUUCAUUAUAACCAACUCGACAAAAUCGAUUCAGACGCAUCGAUUGGUUGGCAGGAAGGUCCAACAAACAAAUUUAAUAUAUAUAAUCAUAAAUUCCGUGGUGGUUAUUCCAACUAUAUUCAAAUGUUGACCAACACAAAUGCAAGAAAACCAGGGAGAUGGAUCUAUUACGUUGGAGAAAAAACAGGAUUAUAUCCUACCGUUACAAAGGCACCUGUUAUUUACGCCACUGCUGUGGCUUAUAGAUUGCGUCUUCAAUGUUUAACACACGUUACCCGUGGCAACAAUAGCGUUGUGCACGUUGUUUGGUAUAAUUCAACAUCACAUGUGCUAAAAAAUGAAACACUGAAAGAUUCUGAAAAGAUUUCAAACUUAACAGAAAUUUGUUUAGGGAGUCAGGUAAAUGAUAAGGAUUCUCUUUCUUAAGUAAAACAUUUUCUUUUAAGAGAAACGUUUGAUUUGUGUAAGUUAUAGUCCUUUGAGGUUUGAAUUUGAUAUUUAUACAUUUUAUUUAUUUAUUUUUUUAUUUGUUAUAUAUAGCGAUUAUUCAGGACAGCCUCACUAUGUCCCAUUGCAAGCACAGAAAUCGCUAAACCAGAGAACCAUCUGUGAUGUCAACCCUAUACCCACGCUAAACGCUAUGCAGAAGGAUUGAUUCCCAAUUUUUAUAGUCUCUGGCAUGACACGGCCGGGGUUUGACCCGCAACUGCUGCUUUGCAAACAAAACCUUCACCACAAGGCUAGAGUUUCGAUAGGAAUAGUCAAAUUGUUCGAAUUAAUGAGAUGUACAGAAUAAGUAAAAAUUAAAAUAUGUACAAGAAAAAUGUUAACUGUUGGGACAAACAAUAAUAGUCGCAAUUUUGACAUUUUGUUUUGUAUUUAUUUUGGUUAUUUUAGAUUAACUGUAAAGUUCAAACAUGGUUUAAAAACACUUCAUCCAUUAGAAGUCGUUUUAUCGAAAGUGAUGCGUAUAUAGCUGGUAUAAAGGUAAGAAAAUCAGAAAAAAGGUAGGGGACAAUGUCUUGCACUUCAUAUUAUCCAAAUAUACCUUUACUUUCACCAUUUCGUUCGUAGAUUACCCCCAAUAAACUAUCAAUUACGGAAGGUGGCAGACCAGUCAACGUUACAGUUCAAGUCACAGCACCAAUCAUUUGUGCAGAUCGGACUCGUGCUUGUUAUGUUGAAAUAGGAUUUAGUCAAUCGCACCGUGAUAUAUUUUUAAGCCGAUGUGUGUUAAAGUUUAGAUCAAAUCAGACUAAUACGCAAUAUUUGACACUGAGAACUAAGGAUGAUUUUGUAAACGGUAUAAAUAAAAGUGUUAUAGUUUCGCCAGUAUUACAGAAAGUGAUGAAUACCUAUGAUUGGAAUUGCUAUCAAAGUAAACCUAUUCAAGUAAUUUGUUUUACUUGCUGUAUUUUGCAUUUGUUUUAAUUUUAUUGUGUUAAGAUGGCACUUAAAAUACGUGGUUACAAAUUGCCAAACAUUUGAGGGACCUUAAAUUAAUUUUUUGAUGUUACAGAGAAAGGUAGUUUAAUUAGUCUUUCGGAAUCUUUUUUCAAUAUAUUUUUAACUCCUUAAGAUACUUAAGAUAUAAAUAUUUGAAGUACGGGAACCUGUGAUGUUAUGUUAUGGUUGUGAAAAAAUGGUAACAUUACAACUCUACCUGUAAGUGAAGAUCAGAUCAUUAUUUACCUUCCAAAAUUUGCUGGUCUCAAAAAGCUUAAAUUUGUGUAAGUUUUCAGGAUACCUAAAAAAUAACUUUAUGCGGACUAACUUUUUACACAAUCAAUAAUAGUGUUAUUAGGUCAGAUGGGAAUCUUUAAAACCAAAUAUCUGAAGAAUCAAAAAGGUUUUUAAAAAGUUCCAAAACAACAUGAUAAGUAAAUAUUUUUAAUUAAUAAAUAAUAAAUACUAAGUACAUUAUACUAACGAACGAACCCGUGGAUUUUACAACUGGCUCUAACUUUCCCUCCAUUAGCCAAGGAUGGUAGCUGCAAAUGGCAGCGGGUAUAUUCCAGUGCAUAUUUUGAAGGAGAACAGCUUUAUUUAACUUCUUUUUUGCCAUACUUACAUUAUAAUGUGAUUUAGAGGGGAAAUUGUUGUGGAAUGAAAAUGUUUUUAUGACAACCACAACAGUUGGGGGUUACUGAUUUCAGACAAAAGAAGUCAAUCUUACUUUUAAUGUUUUAAUGAUCACACUCUCAGCAUGAAAUUUGAAGUAAUAUUAAAAGAAAAUACUUCAUUUAGGUUGAAACUAAGAACGUUUCUCCUGGUUACUGCACUGUAACUGGUGAUCCUUAUGUUACAACAUUUGAUCGUAUAUGGUAUGCCUUCUUCAAUGAUGGAGACUUUGUUCUUGUCCAAAGUACGAAGAACAACUUUAAGGUAAGUUAGUUUGCUGUGAUAUAAGGUAGCUACAGAUCCUAUCAAAAUAUGCUUUUGUGGUACAGCAGUUAAGAAGAUCAAAUUUAGCUUUAUCAUUUCAAUUUUAAGAAGAGAUGACAAUGAUAUUAUAACGUAAUUAGAUUUCGGAAAAAAAACAGAGGAAUUACACUGUCAAGCUUGGAGACACCAAAAUGUGUGUUUAUUUCAAAAAACUUAAAGCUGUUAUUUCUGAUAUGAAUUUUGCUAAACUUAUAAUUUAUUUGGAGAGCUAUUUUAUAACUUAUAAAAAUACCAUAUGUACGUGCUUUAUCGGUAUACUUCCGUAUACAGAUAAAACAUUCUUUUUAUCUUGAUUCACGCUUGACGAUACAUGCCCUCUUUUCGACACGAUAUGGAGACACAUAAUCAAAAAUCUGGGUAACGCGAUGUCUGAGACUUGCACGAAAAUCUAACACUUGGUUUUAGUGUGGAUCUCAAAUUUGCAAAAAAGUAUUAGUGGUAUAUUUUUUUGAAGUAACUUAGCAUCACAAAAUUAUAUUUGUUAAAUUAAUGCUCUGAGUUAUUUCACAUUUAUAUAAACUACGACACACAAAUUCGCACUAUAUCAUAAUGGCUAACUUUUCUACAUUUGGUCAGGUUUUUGUUUGCAGACCCGUUAUCAACCAUUACUCUGUAUCUGUAGUAGAUUUAUUGGAUUUUAUUUCUUGCAGGUUCAAAUACGCUUGUUUAAAUGUGUCAACGAAGUAACUUGCGCAUGCGCUGUAAUAGCGCAAGAAAAUGAUGACAUCUUAGGAUUCAACAUGUGUAAUAGAACGUCACCAAGAACCAUCUUUAAAAGUGGACAUUUAAGUCCAGGCACGAGACCAAAUAUAGUGAGAGGAACUAAUAGAUAUUUUGUAAGUUCAGAAAUAUUAUUUUCACAUUUUUGUUUGCUAUGGAAUUUUCAAGAUUAUAGUUCACAAUGAUAUUUUUUAACAUAUGCAAGUAUUUUAUUCGACAGAAAAGAUCAAUCAAAGUUAAGAAUAUCAAUAUUUAAAAUAAAA